UUUUCAUUCAUGGUUUUGGUCGUUGAGAAAUUGUGGUUUUCUGUUGAUCAUUUGGUUUAAAUUGUUUGUUUUUAUUUUUAAUUGUUGAUUAUUGGUGAUUUUCGUCGAUCGUUAAUUGGUUAUUCCAACUAUGGACUUCAUGUUGCUGAGUGAUGAUGAUGAUGACGACAGUCUUACUAUUGUUCCUCCAAGAAAGCGUCACAUCAAGAGGAGAAUCAUGUCAUCAGAUGAAUCGGAUGGUGAUGAUAUUGAGGUUAUUUCUUCUCAUUUUGAUAGAGAAAGUCAAUCAAAUGAAAGGAGUAAAAGGGCUAAAACACCUUCCAAGAAGAUGAGAACUAUUAGAUUAUCGGAUUCAUCUGAUUCUGAAGAAGAGAAUGAAAAAAAUAGUGAGACUAGUGACUCCAAUUAUUCUGAUGAAUCGAAAGCUUUUGAAGAGAAAAGUGAAGAAUCUCUGGAUGUAGAUUCUGAUGUUUAUGGAAGCAACUCUUCAAAAUCUCCCACAGCAGAAGAGGAAGUAGCAGAAGAUGACAUUUUGGAUGCAUUUAAAAGUUCUGAUGAGGAGGAAGAUCUACCUCCUGAUCCCUCGGCGCCAGAAGAUUUGGACGAUGAUGAAGAUUAUGAUGAUAUCGUGGGUGAAAGUUCUGAUGAGGAAGAUGAGAUCGCUAUUACAUCUUCAUUGGAAGCAAGUAAAAUGACCUUAAGGGCAAAAGUGUUAUCCUACCUGGAAGAAGCAAGUGCAGCUGAUCUACUUAUUAUUCCAGGAGUUUCAAAGAAAAAGGCUCAAUGUAUUAUGGGUUUAAGACCUUUCGCUAACUGGAUGGACCUGAUAACCAAAAUUAGAUGUGAAAAGUCAUUAAGCAUUGAUCUUAUUGAUGAUUGUAAAGAAGUGGUGAAAAGUCAUGCAGCCAUCACGAAACUUUUAGGUGAAUGUGAGAAAAUUUCAGAAAAAAUGAGCGAGACUGUUGAGAAAUUGGAACCCGCUGUACAGCCAAAGAUUCUUAAUCAAUCAAUGUCAUUAGCAAAUUAUCAAUUGAUUGGCCUCAAUUGGUUAGUUUUAUUAUACAAGCGGAAUAUCAAUGGUAUUCUGGCUGAUGAAAUGGGUCUUGGAAAGACCAUUCAAGUUAUCGCUCUAUUGGCUUACCUAAGAGAAAAUUGCAAGAAUAAAGGACCUCAUUUAAUUGUUGUUCCAUCAUCAACAUUGGAAAAUUGGCAAAGAGAAUUUGAGACUUGGUGUGAGCCCAUUCAAGUUGUUCUUUAUCACGGAUCAAUGGACUACAGAGCUCAACUGAGGAAUCAAAUGGCAACCAAAAAAAUUAAAUUCGAUGUGAUUCUUACCACUUACAAUCUUGUCGGGAAUCCAGAUGAUAAGCGUUUCCUGAAGCGGGUUCCAAUUCAGUAUAUUGUCUUUGACGAAGCUCAUAUGCUUAAGAAUAUGAAAACCAAUAGAUUUGGUAAUUUAAUCUCACUUCGAGCCAAACAUCGACUUCUACUCACAGGUACUCCAGUUCAAAACAAUCUACUCGAAUUGAUGUCCCUUCUUUUCUUUACAAUGCCAACAUUUUUCUCAAGUAAACUAACCCACCUACAGAAUCUAUUUAAAAAUCGUGAGGGUGAGACAACAUUUGAGAAAGAUCGAGUGGACCAAGCAAAACGUAUUCUUAAACCGUUUGUCCUUCGUCGACUUAAAGUUAAUGUUCUUAAACAAUUGCCCAACAAGACGGAACAUAUUAAAAAGUGCCCCAUGGAAAAUGAGCAAGAAUUCAAGUAUAUGGAACUCGUUGAAAAUUAUACUCGAGAGUAUCGAUACAGUGGGAAAAAUAUUUACGAAAAUGGUGGUGACGAACCUGAUGAGAGUUUUGUCAAGUACCGAAAGGGAGCAGCCAUGUUGAUGGAAUUAAGGAAGGCAGCUAAUCAUCCACUUCUACUGAGAAGAUAUUACGAUCUGAGUAAACUUCGAGAAAUGGCCAAGAUCAUCGUAAAAGAACCAGCUCAUCGUGAUGCCAGAGUUGAUUAUGUCUUUGAAGACAUGGAAGUGAUGAAUGAUUUUGAACUUCACAAUUUAUGUUGUAAACAUCAAUCAUUAGAGAGAUUUAGAUUAACCAAUGAUUUUAUCCUUAAUUCUGGUAAAUUCAAAGCCCUUGACGAUUUACUGCCUUUCUUUAAGAAACGAAACCAAAGAGUUCUGAUUUUCAGUCAAUUCGUCAUGAUGCUUGAUAUUAUGGCAGAAUAUCUUAAAAUAAGGAAUCACAAGUUCCUUAGAUUAGAUGGUCAAACCAAAGUUUCAGAUCGAUUAGCGCUCAUCGAUCAAUACACAGAAGAUGAUAACAUUUUUAUCUUCCUUCUUUCCACUCGAGCUGGAGGACUUGGUAUCAAUUUAACUGCUGCCAAUGUGGUCAUAAUCCAUGAUAUCGAUUUCAAUCCAUAUAAUGACAAACAAGCGGAGGAUCGAUGUCACCGAAUGGGUCAAGAUGAACCGGUUGAAAUUUAUCGAUUAAUAUCUGAGAAUAGUGUCGAAGAGGGAAUGAUCAAAAUUUGUGAUGAAAAACUCAAAUUAGGAGAAGACAUUUACGUUAAAACGGGCGAAAAGUCAAUUCGAGAUGAUUCCAAGGAUAUCAAGACACUUCUACGUCGAACUUUGGGCAUUUAAAGUGUUUCGAGAAUCAAGAUCAAUCUAUUUACUUGUUUUUUUCUACCUCUAAAAAGAUCCCUCAAUAAGUGAUGUACUUAUCUUAAUUACUUUGCGAAUGUGAUUAUUUUUUUACAAUCUAUUCUUUCAAUUAUUAUUAUUUUCAUCUCAUGUCACCAACAAUUGGUGUUCAUUGAUCUUUAGUUGAAUUUAAUUAUCAUCUAAAUCUUAUGUUAUCAAUUUAUCUCAAUGUGACUUGCCCUUUGAAUUUGGUAUUUACAACUUAUAAAUCUAAUUGGAAGCCAAUGGAUUAAUCUGUUACUUCAUUUGACUCAUCUAUUAUUAUUAAAUACGAUUUAUGAUCACCAAUUGUGUCAAUUAAUUGAUCAAAAGUCUAAAUUGUUAAAAGUCCCACGUGACCGAUAUUAACUGUACUGUAUUUAUUUACAAAUUUCUCAUCUUAAUUUUGAUAAAAUUUUCAACUAUUCAAACGCUUUUA